AUGGAGGUGUUGGGUCUUUCUAUAGACAGCAAGCUCACAUGGACCAGCCAUCUGUCCAACAUCUGCAGACGUGCUGGACAACGUCUUGGUGCACUGCGUAAGCUGGCCAACAAGCUUGAUGCCAAGGGCAGGGCCAACAUUUAUAAGACCCAGGUCAGGAGCAUCAUGGAGUACUCCUGCCUGGCCUGGAUGAACGCCUCUCCGACCACUCUUAGGCAGCUAGACCUCAUCCAGAAGAAAGCUCUAAAAAUCAUCGGGGUGGAUGAGGACCUUGCCCUUCAGCAGUAUGCCAUCAGCAAGCUGGGUCACCGGCGAACAGUUGCAGCAACAACCGUUCUCUAUAAAAUGCACACCUCCAACUGUCCAGUGGACCUCAAAGCUCUGCUACCCCAAGCCCACACCGUGGGAAGAAUCACCUGGAGAGUACUGCCAAGUCACGCCCUGAAAGUCCCCAAGUCUAAAACCAAUUGCCUUGACAGGAGCUUUCUCCACUCUGCCAUAACAACUUGGAAUAGCCUUCCCCCUGCAGUUGUUGGAGAUAUUACAUCUACUGGUGUUCACGCCUUCAAGAAGAGGCUGAACAAAUACCUCCUCAGUAUAUGA